GUGAGAUAAUGGGUCUAAUGACAGCUGUAGCGAUCACAGCUGGGGCAGACCCAGUGACGCCCACUCUAAGAGUUUCGUUUCCUAGGAAAUAACAGCUGACCCUCCCACUUGUUUAUAAGGCACAAUCCAGUCUUAGGCUCCUCAUCCUGAGUGGAAUAAUGGGUAUAUUGACAGCUAUAGCAAUAGCAGCUGGAGCAGGUGGAGCAGUGGUCUCUGCUCCUAUUGUCCUGGGGGCUGUAGGCUUCACCUCAGCUGGAAUAGCAGCUGGUUCCUACGCUGCAAGCAUGAUGUCUGCUGCUGCUGUGGCCAAUGGAGGAGGAGUGGCAGCAGGAAGCCUGGUGGCUGUUUUGCAGUCAGCAGGUAUGGCAGGUCUGUCUGGGGCCGCCACCGCAGCUGUGGGCUCUGUUGGAGGAGCUGUAGGAUUUUUGGCUACUCUCAUCUGAGACCAGGAAAUUAUGAUAAUCAGAAAGAAAAAUAAUAAUAACAAAGGAUAUAAUUACUGUUGUUGGAAACAGUUGCCAAAAGUAUCAGCGUCAUGCUUCAGUAAAGCUUGGUUGAAAUGAGAGUGCUGGUAAUGCUGUGGUGUUUUAUUACGAAGCACAUGAACACGGUCAAAUUGUGCAACUUAGAAUAAAGCCCUAAUAAUGAAAAGCA